AUGUUGCCCGCAUUCCACAUCCGAAAUUUGCAGCCUUCGCUCGUUCGAAUCGACGCUCCAUGUUACGAUGAAAGUAUCCAUAGUCACCCAGCAGCAACACUAAAAUAUUACGACGAAGAUGACGGAGACCUGAUCACGCUUGGGUCAUCCAGAGAAUUGACGGAGAAGCUGAAAGAACCUGUCAUACCGCCCUCAUCAGGCCUUUUGGCAGACUUGCAGCAUGGUCUUCAAUCUUCAGAGCAUCAUGUAUUCGAGAUUGAUGACCGCAACUACGUUCGAAAGCUUUGGGAAGACAUACAGAACAGCUCUAGCAAGGACUCGGAGGACGGUCCCGUCGCACAAGAUAGGGGCGAUGCCACGAGAUGGAGCGCAGAGAUGAAGACAGGUCUGGCGAUUCUCUACGAGAGGCGGAGACACGAGAUAUGGAAUCCGAUCGCAGAAGAACUUGGCGUCACUUGGCAGUCAGUUGAUGCGAUGCAUUGGGCUUUGGGUCAAGAAGAAAUGGCUCGUAGAGCUUAUGAGCCCAAUUUGCAUUCUGCGCAAUCGAGAAGCUCUGAAGAAAUCGCUGAGGCAAAGCCCGAGUCCUCGUACAAUGGCCCCAGUACGCAACAGUUCGAAGAUUAUCGCGUCCACCAUUUCAAUGCCACGAGACCACCUCAAGUACAGCUAUCAAUGCCGGUAACACCUCAGCCGGUUAAGGCCACGGCUGGGCAAGCUACCCUUACGAGGGUCUCAAAUGUGGACUUGGAUCGCUCAGCCUCGUCACUCAAGGGGAAGAAUGGAGAAGCGAAUCUUACUGUGGAAGGAAAGAGGCAGGCACAAGCUGCAGGUGACAAAUUACGGGCGAGGACUGUUUUAUCGCGCCAUAGAAAGGGUAUCAUGACUGCAGUCGACAGCCAUCUAAACCGAUGGGCGAAUUACAAGUCAUCGACAUCGGCAUUUCUUCCCAAAGCGUCUACCAGCGUGUCUCAACCCUUUGAUGGACCUGGCCUGACCUCAGAAGGGAAAAGACAGGCGCAGGUAGCUGGCGACAAACUUCGCUGCCGGACAAAUCCUAUUCGUCAUUCAAGGCCUUCCCGUGUAGGAUCCUUGGAACAUGAGAUUAGCAAAAAUCGCUGGUCCUCCUAUAGCGGAACACGCGCGACCCGUUUUGACGAGCGUCAAGACGCUCAAGAAGAAGCAAGCGACCCCUCGAAUACUAUGAAUACUGACGAAGUGCCCAGUCAUGGGCAGCCAUCUCUUCUGGAGGUCUUUGAAGCGGAGUUGGCCAAGAAAUUCUCGGCUACAGACAGCGAGGAAGCCCAAGAAGUUGGACCGCGAAUGUCAGUGCCCGAACCGGCUAUUGGGGUCGAUUCCUCUGGCGAGACAUCCAUAAGUCAGCCUUUGCUUCAAGGCUCACAUGCACUCUUGGGACUCAUCAACGAGCAACUACAGGAGCUCACUGCUGGAGAUAUGGCGUUAUCGCAAGACUUUUCUACAGCAAUCGAUCAUGGCCUUCGUAAGGCUGUGAGUGGGGUUGGUGCUUGCAUACUAGGCAUUGCACGAGGGCUGCAAGAAGUAUCCAGUGUCUCACGUCAAGCAGCAGAUAGGACUCGGGACGCCGAUCAUCAGCUCGUGGACGACCCAAUUCUCGGUUUCCAGAGUCUGACGGGGAGCUUUACCGCCGCUUUGAGAAGAGAGAUGGCUGUAAACCCGCCUGGAACUACUUUCGCCCCUCGCAGAAGACUGGGAGAAGUAGAGACUGGCUCGAGCUCUACUGCAUUGAGCACAUCGCAGGACAGAGACCCCAAUGAAGACGCGAUGACUGCGCAUAAGAGCAAUGACUCCCCCUUUAAUGGUGGCAUUGAUCCGUCUGAGACAGCCUAUAAUUCGAGGCUGAAUCAUGCAGCUGCGCCAAGAUACAUAUCUGAAAUGCCUGCGAGCCCACAGCUAGAGAUGGAACGCCAACCUAGGUCUCGGCCUGCCAUGAGCAAAGAACCACGAUUUCACAGGCCUGGACCCAUCAACCUCCCAAAUCGUCCGGGAUGUGUUGACCAUCUACCUGCAAGUUCACGUUCAGUUGAUGAUCACUUUCCUACGUUAGCCCAGUUCAAGGGAGAGAGUUUUGGAGCUCCUCCAAGCUUCCCAGCAUUACCAGGUAUGAAAGUGCUACUUCCCCAGCGAGCACCCCGUCUCUCUGAAUUUGGUACCAAGGCUGGAGACUCUGGGCCUGCCAAUCGGACCCACUCAUAUGUCAGCGGUCCGAGUGGCGGAGAGGCAUCCCGGCGAUCUCAUGAUCCGGUAGCUGGGCCUGGCGAGCAAUCUGCGCAGCGAAACGGGCACGAAUUCAUACCGCUGAGCUCUCUGAGCUCGGCAGCUUCGUUAGCAGGGCCUUUUGACUCUCUGGAAGCGGAACUCUCAGCCCGGGCCAAUUUGAGUGAAGGACUUCGUCGGAAUGCCACUACCGCUAGCAUAGACACCACGCACGCCUCAAGACACCGAAGACCUUACUCUGAAGUUUUCGAUGGUUCAGGAAGGGUCGCAUGGGGUGCAUUUUUGCAGGACAAUGGUCGCGGGCCAAGAGGUCUCUAUAGGGCUGGUGACGACAGAGGCAGGCCUCGAGGUGCCAAUCGGGAGCAUUCCACAAGGCUGUCUCGGCGCGAAGCGGAAUCACGACGCUCGCCUCUUGCAGCGGCGAGGUACGACGAUGAGCAUCACGACGACUCUACCGUGAGCAAGAUUCAUGAUUGCGUUGGGCAACUCCAAGACCUUGGUUUUGGGAGCGACGACGAAGAUUUUGUGGACAGACUCCUAAUAUACGCUCAGGCUGCAGACGGGUCACUGGUGGACGCUAUCGAUUUGAUUGACGAGGAGCAGCGAGCGUAUAGGGAGAGACUGAGUCAGUAA